AUUGAAUGUCUUACAGUUGUAUAUUGUCACAUAAACUCCAUUCCAUCGUUUGUGUAUAUGGGUGCACGAACUGUACUAUAUGUAUGGAUAGUGACGGAAUGAAUGAGCAUUGUCAGUUCAGUUUCUUAGCACACACGGCUAAACUCGAAGAAGACGAAACGACCGCGUGAAAAAUCUCAAUACAUGAAAACUUUGUAAUUGGCAGUAAAUGUGACGAAAUCAUUACAGUUCAUUUGUUACGUUAAUAUUUUGGUGACUUUUUACUUUCGAAGAAAUCGCAGCGUAAGAAAAAAACAAAAAAAAAUCAUCAUAAAAAUUUAAAGCAAAUUGAAUAACAAAAUAAAACAUUAUUGAGCAAUUCUUAGGUCGAAGUUAUACCUAUUGCGCGGAGAAUUGUUAUAUAAUCAAAAAACUGAGAUUUUAGCGUGUAUUCGAAAAACAUCUGAGCCUACAAGAUUUGGAGUAAUUGAAAAAAAAUAACCGAACAGAACAGAAAAUACAUUCUUUAUGAUUGUGAUGUUCUAGAAAUGGUGGACAAGCUAUUUAAACAUUGAGACAUUGGUUGAUUUACGUUAAUUUAUAUUGAUAAAUUGCAAGCAAAAGAAGAUAAACAAAGAAAAUAUUCAUGAGUUUCUUAACCAACUUGAUUUGAUUUGUUGAUUUGACUGCAAAUAUAUUCGUGUUCGAGAGUAAAAAGUCAUGUAUACAGUCAACCAAGGACCAAGCAAACUAGUAGCCAAAACACGCACUGGGUUGUCACAAAAUUACGAUAAAAUUGAAACAAUUCGUAAAAUUAAAGUGAAUAAUGCACAAUUGACAAAAGCAUAUCCCAACAAUAAUGCGCACCAAGAUAAAAACAAUAUUAGUGAUAAUAGCAUGGAUAUAAACGUUGCAAGGCCGGUAUUCCAACAAUAUCGACGAUCGAAUUCGAAUCGCAACAAUAGCUUGUAUAAAAGCGAUGGCAUCCGAAUUGCUUAUUUUAAAGAUGAUGAACCUCAACCCGAUGUUUCACCUCAAUAUGAAGAAUUAAUACAAUACAUACGUGAUUCAUGGAACGUUUUGUCGGCCAAAUAUGAAGAUAUAAACGAACAAAAUGCAUCAUCAUCAACAACGGUCCGAACUAGAUCCAUCAGUUCAACAAACUCGGUUAACAGUAACCAAAAUAUCAAUAAUUCUAAUAAGAAAGUUAUUGCUUAUCAUGAUCUUGAACUUGCCCCAAGUCCAGCACUCGAAGAUUUUGGUCCAUUCGAUUUGGAGUCGUGGUGGGGUCGACGACUAUUUAAUAAUAUUACAAACAGCUUGUGAGCAUACACUGGAGAUCUGGUGAAUACAAGAACGCUUAAAAUUCAAAUAAACAAAUUCACACCUCAAAAUAACAACAACAAUUACAACAGCAUCUUGAAGAAAAUGAUAAUUGUUCGGCCACAUGCAGAUGAAAUUUUGCCUUAAAAAUAUAAUACAUAUCGUAAGGCUGUCUAUGGCUUUAUGGAUGACAUGGAUCCACAGGAUCUGGAGAAAGAUGAUGAAGGAUUUUCAUAUAAAGCGAUGUUGGCUCGUGAUCGACGUC